CAUACAUAACACGCACACACACGCGCGCGCGCGUUCUCUGUUAGUUUAUACUUUAAAACAUCUGUAAAUGUCAGUAAACGUCUUUCUGCGGUUGAUAAGCACCGAUUGUGAAACAAGAGAAGAGAAUUGAAAUCGGAAUAAGCUGUACGAGAGAUCAUACUUUGCUUAAAAAAGGAGAAGAAUGGACAGUGCAAUUACGUAAAGCGUUCGUUUUCGAGAACUACGAAACGGCGACGAGCUCCACUAAAGACUCCUUUUGCAAUGGACGAGUGUACUUCAACAAUAUAUUCUAUCUGGGUGAAACGGUGACCGUAUAACAAUAGUGUCUCAUUACAAGCAAAAUGAUACACAGACAUAUGUAAAUACGCACCGUUUAACCGUAGUAGUUUCUACCGUGUAUUUUUAAUUGUUGAUACGCGAUAUAUAUUUUCACGUUGUAACAUGAUGGGAAUAUUGUACGAGAAGAGGCCGUUGAAAAGGCCAAGACUGGGUCCUCCGGAUGUGUAUCCUCAAGAACCAAAGCAAAAGGAGGACGAGCUGUCGCUAACGAACGUCAAGCACGGCUUCACCACCAUACCACAGCUGGCGGAUGAAUUCGGAACGGCCAGAAGCUCCAAUGUCACCGCUGCCAAGGUCGGCGCGUUCUUUAACGCGAUUCUCGCUAAGAAAGAGGAGCUCGCAACGAUGCCUGAUACCGGUAGAAAGAGACAGCAGAUUAAUCCCAAAGAUAACUUUUGGCCAGUGACCGCCAGGUCGAAGAACAGCAUCGAAACAUGGUUUAAAGAUCUCUCAAGUAGCAAACCAUUGGUUACUCUCGCAAAGAAAGCUCCAAACUUUAAUAAAAAAGAGGAAUUAUUUAUGAUGCUUUGUGAAUACCAAGUACCAAUGCUGAGAGCAGCCUGGUAUAUCAAGCUUAGUUCGGCUUAUACGGUUGCGGUCUCAGAAGCUAAGAUCAAAAAGCGCCAGCUGCCAGAUCCGACUACUGAAUGGACUGGCACUCUCAUAAAAUUUCUGAAAGAUCAAUUGUCCAAGCUGCAAGAGUACUAUCAUAUGGACAAUCAUGUGACUAAUCCUAGCAACAGUAAUAAUAAUACAACAAACAAUUCCUGCAACAGCAAUGGAGCUGUUGCAACAAAUAACAACAGCACCACUAAUAACAGUAACAAUAAUAAUGUUAAUAAUAAUAGUAGUACUCCUACUAAUAAUAAUACCACUACUAAUAACAGCAGCAACAACAAUACCAACAACAAUAACAACAGUGGCAACAAUGCAAACAAUAGUAAUGGCACUGUUAUUACUCAACCACCUACACCUACAUCGAGUAAUCAACAAACAACAGGCAAUACAAUGAACGAAGAACAUAAAUUAGCGCUUAAACAAUGGCACUAUUGUGUACAAUUAGUAAAAUACAUGUUUGAAGAAGGUUUGCUGGAUAGACAAGAGUUGUUACAGUGGAUUCUGGAAUUACUAGAUAAGACCAGAUCUUCCACUUCGGAAGAUGGGAUAUUGAAACUUCUAUUGCCAUUGGCUCUGCAAUAUUUAGAAGAGUUUAUACAAUCCGAACUGUUAGCCAGAAAAUUGGCGUAUUUAUGCUGUCGUAAAUUGGCACACAUGUGCAACAAUGUUGAGAGCAACAACAAUCCUCAAAGUCCAUCAGUUAAUAAAACCGAGAGCAACAGCAACAAGGACACUGUUACUACUCAAGUACCAUUGAAUCCUUUGACGGUUGCUUUCAAUGACUAUCUGACUUGCGCCCAUCACAGAGACGUAAUUUACAGUUUAUCUACCAUAAUCCAGGUCAUAACUUUGGAAUGUCCUACAGCGUUGGUAUGGAACAGCGUUGGUGAGGGAAAGGCACCGUCGGUUUUAAAUGGAUCACCUUUAGAUUAUUUGCCAUGUCCUCCGGCAGCUUUGCCGUGUCCACCCGCGAGCUCGGCCAAUCCUACGAUGAAACAGCUUAAGAUUGCGCAAGAAAAUAUACGAGCUCGAUCACAAGCGGCGGAGGGCAGAUGGUCGUGCGACAAGUGGCAACAGAGCAGCGCAGGUACAACGACUAACAAGGUUUUAGCAGCUUUGGACGCUCUUGAUCGGCACAGUUUCGACCGAAUGGACGCAUCGAAUUCACUUGACACGUUGUACGCAAAAAUAUUUACACCACCCCCGAAAGAUAACAACUCGAACGAACGUGACACGAAAACGGAAUACAAUCCGCAACAAGAUUCGGCGGUGGUUGAAAUUUUGUGCGAGUGGGCCGUGAGCGCCGAACGUUGGGGAGAGCAUCGAGCGAUGGCGGUUGCCAAGCUUCUUGAAAAACGACAAAGCGAAGCUCUGGGUGAGACCAACGACAACGACGAUAAGGACAGUACGUGCAGCAAUGGAAAUCCGCCUAUUCUUCCGAUUUUUCAACCGUUACUCAUGAAAUUCUUGGACGUGGACGCUCCGAUAUUGGACAGCACCUCGGCUCAAUCUAAGGCUCAGUUUACGAAUCUAGUUCACCUGUUCUCGGAAUUAAUAAGGCAUGACGUCUUCUCGCACGACGCGUAUAUGUGUACUCUGAUUUCGAGAGGUGAUCUUAUACAAGGUCCAGUAGCUAGCAAACCUGGAACACCAAGCAACAGGGAACCGAUCGACGAGGACAGUCUAUUCCCGGGUAUAGAUUUAAAGCCGGCCAAAUUGGAAGUUUCGGAUCACGGACGUACUAUGGAUUAUGACGACAGUAAAAUCGAUGACGACCUGGACAAGAUAUUACAGCACAUUAAAGAAGAUCAACAAAAUAGCAUGGAUGCACCAGAUAGUCCAAAAGAAGACGCUUUGACCGGUCACGGGGGUCAUGAAAGUCUCGAUUCGAAAAUGCCAUCAAGUCACAGCAGACAUUUGUUGUAUACCACCCAUUUUCCACUGCCACAAGACGAGACGUGCAGUCAGCAUGAUUGCAAUCAGCGACAUGUGUUGCUAUACGGUGUCGGACGCGUCCGAGACGACGCUCGACAUCUUGUUAAAAAAAUGACGAAAGAAGUGUGUAAAUUGUUCGGUAAGAAAUUCAGUAUUGAUGUUGCAGAGGGUGGCAAGGUGAAGAAACAUUCUCGAAGUGAAUUCAACUUCGAGGCUGUUACGAUGAAAUUUCAAAAUCUAAGUUACUUCGAUCAACAUGUUGUCACAUGGCAGUGCGCAACGCAAGUAAUAGAAAUGCUCAACACAUUCGCAUUGGCUGGUUCUUCUUAUUUACCGGUUCAUGAGCACGUAGCUUUUCUUUUCGAUUUAAUGGAGCUCGCGUUAAACAUAUACGGCCUAAUCGACGUUUGUAUACAAAUUCUGAAAGAGCUGCCGGAAGUAGAGGCACAAUUGACGGCUAGAAACAGUCAAUUGGUUCGAAGUUACACUACGAAUCUCAGUUUGUAUGUGGUCGGUGUAUUGAGAAGAUACCACUGUUGUUUGUUACUGUCACCCGAGCAGACUACAGCGGUGUUCGAUUUACUGUGCAAAGUGGUGAAGCACGUCUCAAAUCCCAGCGACUGCAGUUCCGCCGAACGAUGCGUGUUGGCGCACCUGUACGACUUGUAUUCGACGUGUUCUCUUCUGAAAACGAAAUCACACGGAGUGGAGGCGUUCAGUAACGCUUAUCCAAAGAUACGAACCGCUCUUUACAGCACAUUGCAACCAACGCCUUCGAGUCACGUGUACAAUUCGCAGUUUAUGGUGGAUGUCUUCACUAGCCUGCGAAGAGGCGGAAAGAUCGAGCCUCAAUGGGCGAGACAGUUGAACGAAACACCGGCUAAUCGGUAUAGUUUUGUCUGCAACGCGAUCGUCGCAGUCUGCAGCGAAACGGAUAACGAUAAACUGAACGACAUUGCUAUAACUUGCGCUGAACUAACCGCCUGUUGCAACGCUCUUAAUGCCGAAUGGUUGGGCGUACUUAUGGCACUCUGCUGUUCUUCGAACAGUUCCGCUUUUUACAUCGAUGUGUUGAAUCAGGUUGACGUACAAGAUCUUAGUAUACACAAUUCUCUUGCUAUAUUCACAUCAAUUUUAAUCGCGAGACAUUGUUUCUCUUUGGAAGAUUUCGUCGUGCACAUAGCGUUACCGUCCCUGGUGAAAACUUGCAAUGACGGCCGCGGAGACAUCGAUAUCGAAGCGGAAGCCGGUGCGCGUUUAACUUGCCAUUUGCUAUUGAGACUUUUUAAAACCGUCGAAUGUCCACAACCGGCUUUAUACUCGGUCAGUACUAGUCCUCAUCCACUUCCGAGCGGAAAUUCGAGGGGAUAUAAUAUAAAGUUGAGCUGUGAUAGACACCUGUUGGCAGCUGCGCACAAUAAUAUAAGAGUAGGACCAGUACUGGCGGUGCUUAAAGCUAUAUUAGUAGUCGGAGACGCCACAGCCGCUAAGCAGCCGCCCAAGAAAGUCGAUAUGCCCUUGAGUCAUGCUAGUAAAGGAGGCGGUCCGGCUAGCGUCGGAGUUGGAGUUGGUGUUAGUAGCAGCGGACCUGGCGAAUUGUCAAUCAGCCAUAUUUUGGGAACGAGCGAUAUUUUGGGAGGAGGCGACGACCUCGGACUCGAUUUGGCCAUGUCUUCGUCAAGCAGCAGUGCUGGCUUGACUACGGAAAACGUUAAAGGAUUUUCCGACUUUGCCCAUCAUGUUUUGCGUCAGAUUUGCAGUCAGGAGUGGGUACUGGAGAGAUGCCUACAGAAUCCAGACGAACUAUGUCACCAGGACAUGCUAUUGGACAACAUGCUGACGCCACGACAAGCCCAAAAACUGUUGCACAUGAUCUGUUAUCCUGACACUCCUACUGAAGCCUUUAUUGAUCAGAAAACUCAUAUUACUAAUAUCUUAGAGAAUUUAGAGCAAUGGAGCCUAAGAAUGUCUUGGCUAGAUUUGCAGCUUAUGUACAAACAAUUCACGCCAGGAUCCAGUGAACUUUCUCAAUGGUUGGACACAGUUGCGAAAGCCGCAAUUGACGUUUUCCAAUUGAACAAUACCUUAAGUAGCAAACCUGACAAAAGAUCGGGUUCUAUAUGGUUAGUUGCUCCAUUGGUUUCGAAAUUACCGAGUGCGGUACAAGGCAGAGUUCUCAAAGUGGCUGGACAGGUGCUGGAAUCGGGUAACUGGUCGAAAACAGCAGGUCGCGAAAGAGGUAGAUCCAAAUCGCCCUCGUUAUUCAAUCACCAACCAUUUCUCUCGCUCGUGCUUACGUGUUUGAAAGGUCAAGAUGACCAGAGAGAGGGGUUAUUGACAUCAUUACAUUCUCAGCUCUCACAGUUUUUAAAUACUAGUAAAGAAGAGAAACACAUUGGCUCUGAGGAUCCUAAAACUAGAGAAGUAUUGCAGGAUGCGCUGCAGUUGAGAUUCAGCCUCGUCGGAGGUGUAUUCGACACGAUACAGAGAAAUACGACUGCUACGACAGACUGGGCGAUUCUAUUGGUUCAAUUAGUCAGCUAUGGCGUUAUAGAUUUAAAUAACAACUCCGAACUUUUCACGACGGUAAUAGAUAUGUUGGCAACAUUAAUUCACUCUACUCUAGUGUCAGAUUCGCAGUCUGAGAAAGAUGAGAAUAAAAAGCAUUACCAGAAUUUGAUGAAAAAAUUGAAGAAAGAGCUUGGCGACAGAAAUUCUCCGAGUAUUCGCUAUGUCAGACAACUUCUACCGUUACCAAAGUUGAGCAUGGAAGUUAUUACUUGCGAACCAGUUGGAUGUUUAACGGAUACCAAAGGCAACAAGAUCGCUGGAUUUGAUAGCAUCGAUAAGAAGCAGGGGCUGCAAGUAUGCGAUUCUCAAAAAGUAUCGGCGUGGGAACUCUUGGAAGGUCAUAAAAAUCCUGCGCCGCUUUCGUGGGCUUGGUUCAGAGCCGUUAGAAUGGAACGUAAACCUCUUACAUAUCAAAAUGCGCAUAAAUUGCUGCGAUAUCACACGCACAGUCAAAUUCGUCCAGCUAGCCAUUAUCUGGAUCCACCACCGUUGCCGCCGGAGGAUCUAGAACCGGAUAAAAAGGAAUCAGAACCUGGUAAAGCGGAUACGCCAAUGAGUAUCGAUUCGCCGGGACGAGUUGGUGGUGGCGUCAAUAGCGCUGGAAUCAAUAAUGCCGGCACUAAUGGCAAAGGAAAAGCCAUGAAAACCAAGCGACAUAAUAGACGGACUAAAGGACCUGCUACACCUACUACACCUAUGUCGCAACAGAUGCAGCAACCACCAGCCCAGUUACAACAAAUGGCAUUUAGUAAUCAACAAGCUCCUGUUGCGCAACAGCCCGGUAUGUUUACUGGUCAACCGCCGCAGCCGCAACAACAAUGGUACAGCAAUCAGCAGGCACAUACGCCGGCGCAGCAGUACGGAUAUGGUCAACAGUUGCCGCCUGCGCCAGUUGGACCACGCUACGAAAGACCCGGAAUGAAUAAUCAAUCCAAGCAAGCUCUGUCUAAUAUGCUGCGAUUGCGAUUACCGUCCACUCAAUUCAUGAGCUCGCAACAACAACCGCCAAACGCGACACCGGUUGCCGGUCCGGGCGCGUUCCAAGGUAUGCAGAGGACACAGUUUAUUAGGCAACAGCUGAGAGCGCAGCACGGAGCACCCGGUAUAAAUCCGCAACAAGGCAUGUUCGCGGCGCAACAACAGCAGCAGCAACAACAACAACAAGGAAUAUACGCAGGAAUUCAACAAGGCAUGAAUCAAAAUUACGCGGGAUACGGAGGACAGCAGAUGAUGCAACAGCAGCAGCAGCAACAGCAGCAACAACAGACGUCACAGCAAACGCAACAACAGCAACAGCAGUUGCUACAACAGCAGCAGCAGCAAGGCAUCUUGAAUCAACAGCAAAACAUGAUGUUCCCCAAUCAGCAACAAAUGAUGGGACCGCAAAGGGGACAGGAGUACAUGCCACAACAGAGAAUGCAACCUGGCGCUGCGAGGCCGCCAUAUUUACAAAAAUCAUUAUAUAUUCAGGCGCCAAAUGUAACAAUGAACACAAUGGGACCAAUGGGUGGAGGUGUUCAAAAUCAACCCGCUCCUCCUUAUCGGCAAUCCGCUGGGAAACCAGGUGCGGUAGGAGUGACAGGAGUCGGGACAACCAACGUCAGCUUGCAGCAAAAUCAGCAGUUCCAACAACAGGCGAUAAAUCAGCAACGCAUGAGACAACAAAUGCUGGCUAUGCAGCAACAACAGCAACAAGCGCAGCAGCAACAACAGCAGGCCGCUCAACAGCAACAGCAGCAGCAGAACACCAGCGGCCAACAACCAACUCCUCAACUCGUGACACACCUGCAAAGACAUCUAAGUCAACCACCGCAACAUUCCUAUCAACAUCAACCACCUCCUUAUUAAUUGUACGAGAGACACUCCUACUAACCGUAUGCUGAUGUUCGACACCAAUGUAAAAUAUAAACUAGCAAGAUUUACUGAAUUUCAGACUUUCUAUUACAAGUUAAGUAGCCAAGUGGGGACAGUGUUUGCAGGGAAGAAAUACUAAAGUUUUUAAUUAAUUAAUACUAUUUUAAAUUGACUAUGUUUAUUAAGCAAACAGUGAUAACUGCAAUUUUGCGUUAUUUGAUCAUGCGUCUUGUUGUGCAGAAGCAAUCUUGAGCCUAAAAGCACACGGUUCUUUUUUCGUGUUUGAGCGUUAUAAUCGACUAAUCGAUUAGCAAAAGCAAUUUAGCAAAGUUGGACUGUUAAGUCGUCGCGACGUUCGCGUGUGAUUUAACACGAGAAAACGCAUCGUGUGUGCCGCAGGUUUUGCUACUUACGCAACAGAGAUCUUGUAACAGAAAUGUCAAAAGUCAUGUUUUAAUGAUUUCAUUGACUCUAGAUAAAUUUCUAUAAUCAAGCGUACACAUAAGUUCUAUAUGCUAUUUACUUGUAUAAAAUUUUUUUUCAUUAAAAUACUAUUUUAUUAUUUAUAAAAUUAUUUAAAAUUAUUAUAUGAAAAUAAAAAUAUUUGAAAAAAAAAAAUCACAUUAAAUGCAUAUAGACACGCGGCCGGAAUGAACAUUCACCUAGUACAAGAUCACGUGUGUACUAUAUAUAAUUUAUAUCACAAAAUAAAUUUAUUGUUAUUGUUACGCGAGUAUUUAAAUACAGUAGGGGAAAGUGAUGUUUACGUGAAUCACUCUCCUCUAACUCGUAUGUCAUAUUUUUUACCUAGACUUGUACAUCAAUAGUAAUUAUGUAUAAUAAAAGUAAAAGGUGAUUGUAUUUAACGCGUGCAUUGAAUAAAAAAUAAAAACAAACGGUAACGAGCUAGCAAGUUAGUAUAGAGUUCAUAGAAAAAAAAAAUUGGAAAAAUCUCGUAUAAACGAAUUGGAAUAUAAAUGAAUAACCGAAUCUCGAACUACUUUUGUUAUUAUUUUAAUAUUGACUUAUAUAUAUACCACACAUACACAUAUAUAUUUAUUAUUAUUUCGAAGUUAUUACGUCGAAUUUACUAAUAAACAUCGCAUGGUGCGUAUCGUAAAAAUGAAAAAAAAAUCUGUAUUCAAAGUGAGAAAUUUGCGUUAUCGACUUCUGAUCAGUUGCUUAUAUGAUAUUGCAGUAAUUGCAUCGCUAAUAUUUAAACGUAGGAAUUUGUGCUAUCAACUUCUGAUCAGUUGUAUUAAUGAUAGAUAAUAAUAUUUGAAAACAAUUUGAAAACAGGAAUUUGUAUUGUUGACUGCAUGUUGAGCAAUUAAUUGUUUUACAGUUUUCACAAUUCUACAAAAGAUAGAGACAGUUGUAGCUUUUUUAUACUAUAUGUGUGUAUGUGUGCGCGCGUUGUGUACAAUAAAAAGUGGUGGU